UGGAAACUAAAUUAUAAGAAAUAAAAUUCAUGGAAUGCAUUACAAUCGAGUUAAAACAUUAAUAACUGAAUUACUACUGAGUUAAAAUUAUAUGACUGAAUGAUUAAUUUUUUUUAAAAAUUAUUUACUUUUUAAUCUUAAAUAAACGGCUCUUAAGUCUACAUAAAAAAAAAAUCUGCCCAUAAAUUCUUUCCCGCUGUUAACAUGAAAGAAUAACUGAUUGAGAUAACAACAUAUUUGAUGAAAAAUAAAACGUUUUUUUCCUGUCAUAAAAUCUUAAUGGAUAAAUCAAUCAAUGAAUGAAAAAUUCUCUGGCGAAUGGCGUAAACCUUAUAAUUUUCCGAUUUCAUGGGCCAUUGCUGCAGCCAUGUACCUUGUGGCCUAUUACUUAUCACCCAUAAGCUCUAGAGCCUGCACCAAGGUUAAAAAACAAAAAAUAAAAAAACAUAUCCUUAAAAGAUUUUUAAAGCAACGAUAAAAAUGAUUUUUUUUUCCUUUGAAAAAAACUUGUUUAAAAAAAAAAACAAAAGAAAAAGAAACGGAAACCCCAUUCCGUCUCCGGAGUCUUUGUCUGGUGAGUGCUCGCAAUUCCCGAUCUAUGUUUUGCUAGAUGGGCAGUGCAGAAUCAGAUACUGUGGAUGUUUCGUCCGCGAAAGCAGUUCUCCUUGGAGCUCUAGCUCCUGGUGUAAACGGUCCUACAUGGAUUGCAUUAAAGUCAACUUUUUUAAUGCUGGGUCUUUGUCUUGUUGUGAUGCUGGGCUUAGCAUUCUCUUCCAGUGAUUCGUCCUUGGUGCUUCAUGUUGCGUUCCUGUUUUUAAUCUGCGUUACCCUCUUCUUACUUCUUCGCUGGUUUCUUGCAGAAACUGGUUUAGUUUCUGUUGAACACCAAAUGCAUGAGAUGGGCUUGGCGCAAAGUGAUCAUCUGGAAACAAGCAGAAAGGACAAAUAAGUGUUUCCAUAUAAUAUUGCAAUGGAAAAGAGGUCAUAUUUGGAGGUUGGAAGACUUAUAUGAGUUGAAGGGCAUUUCAUGGAGACAUGUUCGUGGGAAGGGGUUUCUGCUGAAUUGAUUCAAUUCACGAAAUGAACUGACCAGACAGCAAAUCUUGCAGCAGCAUUGCAUGAGAAAGUCAAGCUAGCUGAAGCAGCAUCUGAAUCUCUCCCAAUCAACUAGGUCUUCCUUCUUGUUUUACUUGGGAUUUCUUUUUUCUUUUCACAUUCGUUGUAUCCUCAAACUUUAUCCAUGACUGUUUUCUUCACAGGGGAACCACGAUGAACACUCUUCAUCAGAUUUUAAUAAAAAAAUUCUCUUCACAGAA